GAGGAGAUUGACAGGUCAUUAUAAUAGCAGAGGCUUUUCACAUCAAAAGGUUAACUUGCUUACGCACACCCCCACCCACCACCCCCAUGGGAAAGUCCGAGUUUAAAUAUCACUUAAAGAUCACAUUGCAGUUCAUUUCAUUCGUGGACCGGCAGAGAGAGAGGAAAUGUGCACAGACAGCUCUUCGCUCCAGCCACACAAUUUUUAUCAGCUUUCAAGUAGGAUUUUAAGAUCAUCGUCGCUUUAAUACUAUUAGAUCUUUGACCGUGCAGAAUGGACGUGGUGAUGUCGACUUUGUUAUGUGGGGUUCUCCAGAUCCUGUACAUUCAGACUGUUCUUGGCAAUGGUUGCCUUAGUUCCCAGGGAAGUUGCUGUAUCCUGUGUAACCCUGGGUAUUUUCGGACUCAGGAAUGUGGGCCUUGUAAGCCAUGUCCUGUCACAGGCUACACAGACAAGCCAAAUAACCAACUAUACUGUGACCACUGUCGACGCUGUGAAGGAAUAUUCAGCUAUAAAGAGAAGUGCACGUCUACAAGUAACGCUGUAUGUACAUGCAUUCCUGGGAAGAAAUGCACAGAUGAAAAGUGCACACAGUGCAGAAAUGACCGUUGUCUUGCUGGACAGCAGCUUGUUGGAUCAAAAUGUGUGACCUGCCCCCUGGGCACAUUCAACACUGGGGCAGAAAGGAUAUGUACACCAUGGAAAAACUGCUCAGCCCUUGGAGGCAUAAUUAUUAUUAAUGGGACCCAUACAUCAAAUGUGGUUUGUGGUGGAUUCUUAACAAAGGCUACAAAAUCACCAGGCCCAUCAUCAGAGGUCAACACCACCACAGACACAAGGCAAGUUUUGGUACCAUCACCUGGAGAAAGUCAUUUGCAAAUUAUCUAUAUUGUAGCCUCCUGUGCAGUCAGCUUGUUGUUCAUAGCAAUUUGUGUUGCAUGCCGGUGGAAACUUACUGAAAAAAUUAAACACGUUUGCCAAGAGAUUCCAAAGCCUAUAGUGAAACAGACAGAAGAAGAAGAUGGCUGUAGCUGCCACUUUCCAGAAGAGGAAAAUGGAGGGGAAAAUGAACCCAUGACACUGGAAGCCUGACACUGCUACAUCUCCACUUCUCUAAAUAGACAAGAUCGGGGUUACACAGGAUUACCUUUAUAUUACGUGGAAGGUUCAGGAUUAAGAGGAUUCCUGACAACUAUUAGUUCAGAUCUAAACCUAUUAUGAUAUAAACUUCAUGGUGCAGAAAAGUACAACUAGAGGUACAUGGGUCCAUAUAAACAAGGCAGAGACUUGGAGAACACUGCUCAAAGAUCUGGAGGAAUAGCCAUCCUCAGAGCAUUGCCUUACAGUGCUGUAUCCAAUGAGCUAAUAUUGGUCUAUAGCUGGAUCACACUGGCCCACCAGAAGACCAAGAGACCAGCAGUGCGCACAGACAGAAUCAUAAUGAAACACUGAUACAAUAGUGGCCAUGAAAAGUGUGCAUAACCCCAACACAUUGUUUCACAAAUAACAUAUUAGUCUUUGUUGAGAAUAAAGACAGAAAUGGACAAAAAUGGCAGCUUUAGUUUAAAUCGAAUGCCUUUUACAAGCAAAGUUUUUGCUCCAUGUGAUAAAAACUGCAAAAAAUCCUUCUUAGGCCCCUUACAGACGAGCGCAUGCGGAUUACGUCCGGAUGCGUUGCGAAUGCGUUCAGUCAAAAAUGCGCGAUUUCGCAAACAGUUUUGUAUGCGAUUGCGUUCAGUUCAGUUUUUAUCGCUCGGGUUUAACGCGAUUUAAUGCAUUUUUGCAUGCGCGUGAUAAAAAACAUCUCUUAGUAACCAUCCGUGAAAAACGCAUCGCUUCCGCACUUCCGUACUUGCAGAAUAUUGAACAUGCUGUGAUUUUCACGCAACGCACAAGUGAUGCGUGAAAACCAACACUCAUGUACACAGCCCCAUUGAAAUGAAUUGGUCCGGAUUCCGUGCGAGCGCAAUGCGUUUGCAUCACGCAUUGCACCUGCGCGGAAUACUCACUUGUGUGAAAAGGGGCCUUAGGGUACAGCCACACAAUUAGGUUUCCUGAUGUAGUUUUGGAGCCAUUUCCUGGGGUGAAUUCAAAGAAAGAGAAGCCAUAUCUGACCUUUAUACUGUCUCUCCUUUUAUGAUCCACUCCUGAUUUUGGCUUCCAAAAAUGCAUCAGGAAACCCGAUUGUCUUGCCGUACCCUAAAAAUCUCCUAACAUUUUGUGUCUACAGCUCCAAAGGUCUAUGUGUGUUCUUGGUUACAGACUAUAAACCAAACUGCAUGUAUUUUGAUCCUACAUUAGAGUCCAGCAAUUGUAUGAUGAAGGAUAGUGUUGGGUCAACAGUACAUAAUCAACAUAAUCCAGCAAUAGAGUCAACCCUUAUAAAAAUAUAAGUACUUUAAUGAAAUUCAAACACGUAUGACAUGACAAACUCCACUACACUGUUUGUAGGUAGAUCCACCGGGGGUUAGGUGAGCUGAAAAUGGGUGGGGGAAAAAAUAUCCCUACGCUGAUACCCUGAACUACACCUCAGCCCAGAGACGCCCCCUUGAUGGUGGGGACUCCCUGUCCUCGAGUCUAAACUACCACCUCCUAUCAUUCCCUAGAUAGGGAAGAAAUAAAGAUUUAAAGUAUUUUGAUCCUACAGCCAUACUCACUUUGUAUUUUGCAUCUUGCACUCAAACAUUUGGUAAGUUAAUAAGGAAGGACAGAUGUAAAGAAAUAUGACUACACAUGGUUUGUUUGCAGUCUGUAGUCCUGGAGACACAUAGGUUUACAGAACAGCUGUAGAUACAAAACAGUAAGAAAUUUAUAAUCAAGUAAAUUUUUAAAGCUGCAUAAUUUUUUUCCCUCUUGGAACUUUAGAUGCAUUGAAGCAAUAAAAAAUGGUCCCUAAGGUGGACAUAACGUAUAUGUAAAAAGGCCAUCAACCUCUCUUUGGAUGGAUCUCAAUGGAUCCAAUAUACUGCCGUACUAUGCUGGUCCAUAGUCUAUUUAAGUAGUGUCCAGUCUAUUUUUGAUAAUUUAAAAUAGAAAUAUAUAAUUUUUUAUGUUCUAUAAAGCUGCUUAUAUUUA